AUGCUACGAAAUACCUGUGUCAGAUGUCGCAUAUCUCUCAGACAUACCGAUGAAUUGCUAGCAUGGAUGCGGAGAGGCCGCCGACAUAGAAGCCAAAGCAGCGCAUUCCCGGGGUUGGAGCCCUUCGAUGCCGACAAACAUUCACGUCGACCACGUAGCGACAUCGAUGAUAUCGAACCAUUUCCACGCAAAGAGCGAAAGCCAGGACCUCGCGGCGCUCUUAAACAGACGAGACAUCCUGCAGCAACGCCUCAAAAACCCCUACCUUCACCCUUGGCCACAAGUUCUCGGAAGGUCCACUCUCCAUUCGACCACCACCACAAGAUUCCCGUUCUUUCUGAGGAGGAAGUCGUGCCAUUCUUCGAAGAGCGGGCUAUCGCAUGGGCCACCGAUCCUGUCGUCCUAGACCGACUGCAAGACUAUGGCAUUCCGGACCUGGACGGUCGAAAACUUCUCAACGCCUUCGAAAGCGAAGUACGAUCAGGCGAAUUAUCAAAACCCACCAAUUACACCUCCUACGGCCUUCAACGAUUCGCCCAGCCACAUGACCGAACGAGUGUUGACGUCAUCUAUACCACCAUCUUCUUCUCAUGGGCGUCGCGGCCAGCGAACCAGAAGCACCUGCAGAACCAGCUCAAGAUUUCCCCGGACACACUCUACACGAUCGAGAGGCUGAUGGAGACGACGGAUCGGUGGUUUCCUGCUGACGAGUUCCCCGAGGCACGCAUGAUGCACCGGAAGAUCAUCAUGCAUGUCGGGCCCACGAACAGCGGGAAGACGCAUCACGCGCUCCGUGCUCUGGCAGCAGCGCGAACAGGUGUAUAUGCAGGGCCUCUCCGCCUCCUCGCCCACGAGAUCUGGGAACGCCUCAACACGGGCCAGAUCGUUCCUCUCGGGGUGGAAGAAUCGGCGCCAACGGAAGGCGGCGGUCCUCGUAAGGGAAACCCUGCCUAUGCACGCCCAUGCAACAUGAUCACUGGAGAAGAACAGAAGAUGGUUGGAAUAAAUGUUCCUCUCCUCAGCUCUACAGUGGAGAUGCUGUCCUUCGUCCAUGGCUUUGACGUCGCCGUCAUUGACGAGAUCCAGAUGAUAUCGGACCCGGACCGCGGUGCUGGAUGGACGAAUGCCGUCCUUGGGAUUCGUGCGAACGAGGUCCAUUUGUGUGGCGAGGAGACGGCUGUUCCAGUUGUACAGGAACUGCUGAAACAUACAGGAGAUGAGGUCAUCGUCCGCCGGUAUGAGCGACUUACUCCGCUUGUGGUGGAGGAAGAGAGCCUGAACGGCGACUUGACCAAAGUCCGAAAGGGUGAUUGUAUCGUUACAUUCAGUCGAUCCAACAUUUUUGGUCUGAAGAGGGUGGUCGAGGAGAAGACGGGAAUGCGGUGUGCGGUGGUUUAUGGGCGAUUGCCUCCCGAAGUACGGAGUGAGCAAGCGGCGCUGUUCAAUGAUCCCGACUCUGGCUACGAUGUCAUUAUCGGUAGCGACGCUAUCGGGAUGGGGCUCAACCUUCGAAUCAAGCGCGUCAUCUUUGAGGCCACCGCCAAACACGAAGGCACAGGAAAGAUGACCCGACUCUCAGUGUCAUCUGUCAAGCAGAUCGCAGGACGUGCUGGACGAUACGGCCAACAACAAUCCCAGACCGACCUUGGCGGUUUUGUCACAACCAUCCACCCCGAAGAUCUUCAAUACCUGCGCGAUUGCAUCGCCCAGCCCUACCAACCCCUCCCGUACGCCCGCGUCGGGCUCGACAAACAAUUACUCGGCGAGCUUUCGUCGUGCCUGCCCCCCCAUACACCCAUGAGCACCUUGCUGGAAGCCCCCAUGUUCAUCGGGCGUCUACCAGCACAUGCCCGCUACGCCGACAAGCAUCACCUCUCCGCCGCGUGCACCUUCAUCGACUACAACUGGCAUGACAUGAGCAACGAGGACCGCGUCCUGCUUCUGUUCGCACCCGUCCCAUGGCGCGACUUCGAGACGACGAACGUGAUCAAGCGGCUGCUUUUGAAGCACAAGACAUCGAUGAGCGUGAAUCUCGCGCACGCGAUCAAGAGCACGAACUUCAUGGAGACGCUCCAGCUUAUGGAGGGCGCAAUGCAGGCCCAGGCGCACGGUGCACCAAGUAAGGUCUCGCUGUCGACCACGUCGAAGAGUCUCGUACAGCUCGAGUCGUUCCACAAGGUCAUCGUGUUCUACGUGUGGAUGAGCUUCCGCAACCCUGUCGUUUAUGCGGAUUACGAUAACGUCAUGGAGCUGAAGGAGCGGCUGGAGGUGGUGCUAAAUUGGUGUUUACUGAAUUUAUCGAAGGCGCUUGACUUCAGCCAGAAGGUGACAAGCCCGUUGAUAAAAUCGUCGAAGCUGAAGGUAGAGCAUAAGACGAAACAUCAGCUGAGGAAGGAGAACCUUCUUCAAAGGCUCGAUCAAGCGAGCCUUCUGCCUUCGGCUUCGUUGGCAAGCAGUAUUGCCACUUCAUCUUAG